AUGACCCUGCAGAGAGUGAACAGCCAUGAGUCUACUGUGAUAAUGGAUCGCAGCAGGAUAGAUAGGAACAGAAAUCAAACAUGUGGUAACUACAACAGCGUCAUGGAGCCUGAGUACGACGUGGUGGAUGACCAGGAGGAAGUGCUGAAUGUGCGCAUACUUCCUGCAAGGCCCAUAAAUGAGGAGAGAGAGUAUGCAGACAGGGGUCUUCCAAGGUCAUCAUCGGCUCAGAGUAUUUCAUCAGUGUCUGCUCAGAACUCCAACAUCCUGCCUAGAGAAAUCCCACUUACUUCAGGGCCUGCUGUAAAUAGAGACCUGAAGCCAGGCAGAAGAAAGACCAGAUUAGAUAAGAGGUCACCACCUGUGGAGCCAGGAGACCAGCGCUCACACAGUCACUCUCCAUCACCUUCACCGUUGACCGCGGAGUUACUAAAUCGCUUGCUUGGACUGAGUCUACACGAACCCUGCAGGAGAAAUGGACAGAGCGCAGCUAAAAAAGCAGAGUUCAAUCCACAUACCAAAGGUCUACAGAGUGCUGAAAGUGUUUCAGCCCCUCAUACCAAUAUAAGACAUUCUUUGGAUUUGGAUACUCAUGGUAUAGAAAUCAGCUCACAACACAAUCUAGAAAGGGUGCCAUCAAAACGGCAUCACCACGAGUGGCCUCAAACUAAAGAAGACUUUGACCAACAUGACUUUGUUCCACUGGAAAAGCCUCAACAGACCAACUGUGAAGAGGACUGGUAUGUUGGGGCUUGUAAUCGACCAGAUGCUGAGCACGCUUUACACCUGGUGAACAAGGAUGGGGCAUUUUUGGUACGAGACUGCUCCAUCAACUCCAACAGUGAACCCUUUGUAUUGGCUGUUUAUCACGAGAAGAAGGUUUACAAUGUAAAAAUUCGGUUCAUCAAGAGCACCAGCAAAUACAUUCUGGGAACAGGACAACGAUCAAAUGAUAUGUUUGACUCUGUGGCAGAUAUCAUCAAGUUCCACUCCAUUUUCCCAAUAAUAUUCAGUGGGAGAAAUAUGCCUGGAAGCAGAUACCCAGAAAACUGUGUGCUGACAUGUCCAGUAACAAAAAGGGAUGUUGACCUACUGCUGCAAUAACACACGCAUCAUUCCAGCAAAUAUAAUCUGUGGAAUCUGAUUCUUAUUAAGUCACUAUGUAACCCAAAACAUCCACCAAAGUUCAUCAUGAGCAUGUUAGGAAAAGGCUGACUGUGUAUACAAUUUGUGAAAGUAUUUGCUUGUGUCAAUAAAAAAUGUGUUUCAUCCAA